UUUGUCGCAGCAAUAUUUCCCGAAAAGUUUUCUAAAAUAGUGAAAAGCGUACAAAUUGCAGUGUAAUGAAAAAUCUGUACCGUCUCGCUCACCAGAGCGCCCGCUUCGAGGGACUCCCGUUGUCCCCGGAUGGUGGUGGCAAUCACAGUCACCUGAUGGUCGUCGAUUCCAACAACAGCAAUUUGGUGUACGUCGUUGUCGGUUCGUCGGAAGGUGCCCAUGUAUAUCGAUUGGACCGCUCAGAUCCGCUGGAUUGUCGUGAGUUGCUAUCGAUUCCGGUAACAGUGGUCGCCGUCGAGCAUUUGGCUUUGAACGAUGAACUGUGUCUGGCUACCGAGGCCGGCGAGGUGUUGGUGCUGAACGUGACAACGACGACGGGGGAUCGAGAACCGGAGGUGGUUACGUUCUGUGCGGGGGGAUUGAAAGCGAUGGGUUGGAGUCCAGUGCAGGAGGUGGUGGUGUUUGUUGAUUGGAAAUUGAACGUGGUGACGAUGAACAGUGCGUACGACCCGAUCAACGAAGUGUGCCUCAAGGACGACACCUUUGGAGACCGGGAGUUUAUGAGCGUCGGGUGGGGCAAGAAGGAAACGCAGUUCCAUGGGUCCGAGGGCAAGAGCGCCGCUCGGAAGAAGAAGGAAGAGGCGGAAAUGGCGAUUGAUGUAAGCAAGAUUGAUCCCAAAGUACAGAUCAGUUGGAGAGCGGAUGGGGCGUACUUUGCGGUGGGAUUCCUGGGUCCGUUUGGGAGAGCAUUCAAAGUGUUCAACCAGGAAGGUGCUCUCCAGUUUACUUCGGAGAAAUGCUACGGACUUGAGGUUCCGAUGGGUUGGAAGCCUUCCGGGUUAUGGAUCGCGAUUCCUCAGAUAUUGAAGGAAAAAUAUGUGGUAUCAUUGUUCGAGAAGAACGGGCUGAAACACAGGGAGAUUGAGUUGCCGUUCAGGCAAGAAGAUGAGAUGGUUAACGGCAUAUCUUGGAGUCACGACUCGGAAGUGUUGGUCCUUCAAACUCGCAAGAAUGCUAGUGGCUUGAACUGUCUGUACUUCUACAUCGUCUGUAACUACCACUGGUACAUGAAACAGUAUCUAGAAGUAAAUGAGGAAAUUUUAGGACUUCAGUGGGACUUGAAGUACUCGGAAGGCAGAACUCUUCAUGUUUUGCUGAAAAACGGUCAGUACGAAGCUUCCCGAUGGGAGUUUUCAGUGGAUCACUCGACGGGGUUGAAGCAAUCCGACGAAUCGCUGGUGGCAGUGAUCGACGGAGGAUCCGUAUUGUUGACCAACUUUCGGUGUGUCGUUAUACCGCCUCCGAUGUGUGGAUUUACGCUGAAAGUGGACAGUUUGGUCAACUCGGUUGGAUUCUUAAGGAAUCCGGAAGGGCAGCUGGAUUCCAAUUGCUUCUUCGCAGUUGAUUCCUACAACAAAGUAAGCUUCUAUCGUCCGGAGUUUACAGAAAACGCAAUUCGUCACCUCAGUGGUGCCCAAUCUCUGGGGAAGCCUUUGGAGAUUGGUCCCGGAAACUAUUCGCAUUGGCUCUGGUUGAGAAAUGAUGUCCUACUCGGCGUUGAAGGAUCUAAUCGGUUGAAGAUCUUCUCAGUAGACGUUUUCAGUGGCGAACUUGCCAUCUUAGGAACCCUAGAAGUUGGUUCUGAUACUGAUCGAGUCGGUUGUAUCGAAGGAAUCAACGCAGCGUCCGCCCUCGUCGAAACAAUGACGGGGCAGCUGUUCAAAUUACUUCUGCAGCCUUCCGUUUCAUUAGAAGAAGACCUUAAACUGCCGGAAUUUUGCGAACAGCUCCAAAUUUGCUCCGUGGAUCAGUUCGACUAUAAGGUUUACUCCCUAAAGAACCGUCAGAAUCUCUACGUAGAUGGUUCAAAGCUCGCUUCCGAUGUUACUUCGAUGUUCCUAGCCGAGCACUACCUGCUGUUCACAACGAUCGCAGAACUCAAGUUCGUCAACCUGCAGAACAAUGUGAUCGUCGGCGAUCGUCGCGUCGAGCGUGGUUCCAAACUGGUGGUCGUCGUUGCCAAGUCGGCUCGGACCGUCUUACAGCUACCGCGAGGUAAUCUGGAAGUGAUCGCUCCCCGUAUUCUGUCCCUGUGCCUGGUCGCAGAUCACCUGAAUGCCUUGGAAUACUUGAAGGCAUUCGAUAUCCUCAGAAAGGAGCGCAUCAACUUGAACCUGCUAGUUGAUCACAACCCGCAGCUGUUCCUGUCUAAUUUGGACUGCUUCCUGCAGGAGAUUACCAACGUCAACUGGUUGAAUCUGUUCAUAAGCGACCUGCAAAAUCAGGACGUCUGCAUGGCCAUGUACGAGAGUAAUUAUCAGGGACGUGAGUCCGCCGUUAUCGAUGGGUACAAUGUGAACGCGAAGGUGGAAUACCUUUGCGAUCGGUUGCUGCAGGUGAUGAACUCAGCGAAAACGGACGUAAACUAUAUGCUUCCGAAGAUCACAUGUUACGUGAAGAAGGGAAUGCUAGAGCAGGCCUUGGAGGUCAUUUGGAACCUCAAAAAAGGGCAAGGGACGAGCGAAGAUGCUGACGAAGCCCUCAAGUACCUUCUCUACUUGGUGGAGGUGAACGAUUUGUUCAACGUAGCCCUGGGGAUGUACGACUUUGGUUUGGUCCUGUUCGUGGCUACCAAAUCCCAAAAGGAUCCGAAAGAGUAUCUUCCAUUUUUGAAUGAAUUGAAACGCCUGGACGAAGACUACCGAAAGUACAAGAUCGACUGCCACCUGAAGCGAUUCGGUAAGGCGAUCGAGAACAUUGCCAGAUAUCGGGACGACGAGAACAAGUUCCACGAGGCACUCCAAUUGACGAUCGCCCACGGGCUGUAUGGGAAAGCCAUGGUUGCGUACAGGGAUAAUGAGAAGUAUUACCGGAAGAUUUGCUCUUGCUAUGGAGAUCACUUGAGGCAGAGCAACAAGCAGGUGGAUGCCAGUUUGAUCUACGAGAAGGCUGGAGACUACCAGCAGGCCAUUGCCUCGGCUAGGAAUGCUGCCGACUGGGAGAGGUGCCUCAAAUUAGCUACAACUGCGGGAUACGGGGACGAAGAGUUGAGACGACUGGUUCAAUCGUUGAUUCCCGCCCUUCAGGAAAGUGGAGAGUACGAAGCGGCAUCCCGCUUGGCCAAGGAUCACCUGAAGGACCCAAAAAUCGCAGUGGAAAUUCUGUUGGUUGAUCACCUCUUCGGUAAAGCGCUGCUGGAAGCACAUCUUUCGGAUCGGGCACUUGUAGAGGAAUUGAUUCGCCCUAAUUUGCAAGAUUAUCUGCAAACAUUCCUGCACGAAUUAACCGCUGAAAAGGAACAACUCGUGAAACAAAAGAACCGACUUUUGAUGGUUCGGGAAGAAAAGGCCAAGAAGAAGCUGGAUCAAGAGCUGGGCGAAGAAGACGGCAAUGGUCGGGAUCUGGAAGAUUGCGAUUUGUACUCGGAAACGUCAACGGUGGCCUCUUCUAGGCAUACUAGCAGCUCCGGACGAUCUAGCAAAUCGAGCCGCUCCAGCAAGAACCGCCGGAAGCACGAACGCAAACUGCUCAGCCUCAAGGAAGGCAACGCAUACGAGGAUAUUGCCCUCGUCGAUGCACUGCACACGUUAGUAUCCCGUGUGUGCGGCAUCGAGCGACAGCGUCAGGUGCGAGCCCUCUGCAAGGCGGCCAUCGAGAUGGAUUUCCUGCAGCAAGCGGCCACGAUCCAGAGGGACUAUGCCGAGCUGUUGCACUUGGUGAAAUUUUCUCUGGAUUCCAUUUGGAUACCGGAAAUGGUGGUGCCCGGCAGUGGGCAAGACGUUGAGGCGACGGCAAUCGCUACCGGGGAUCUGAGCCAGGUGCAGAACGUGCAGCACUAUGCGAUGAUCAAACCCCACCAGCGAUACAAGCCGGAUCUGCAGAUCGUUCCGUGGCAGUUUGAAGUGUUGAAGUGAUUUGGUGAUUGUUC